AUGCUGAUGACUGAGCUAUGUGACGAGCAUAAAGGUCAAAGAAGAAAACUAAAACCAAAGCCCCAAUCAAAGCCGUCUCCCGUAAGCUACACACCAACCAUGAUUAGGGGCAUCGUUGAGAUUGAGGCUAAAUUGUACAACGGUAUCAGCGACAGCCAGGGUCUGACAGAGGGAUAUGUGUAUGCGGAAAGACCUGAACCACGAUACGCAAAUAUUGGCAAUUACGUGCAAGUGUCUGAGGAAUUGCUGCAUGACAUCGAUGUGUUGUUCAUGAAAGGAUAUGACUUCGUAACUUUUUACUACCAAGACCAAAUCAUGACGAAGUACGAGAUCUUGCUCAGAGUCACAGCGAGGGACUACAAAAUUAUCGCUUUCAGGAGAAAAAGGAAGAGCCUAUUCCUCAAGGGAACUUGGUGUGGUGUUGACGUUCACCUGGAAAUCAACGACAAGGACAUAUACGACGAACAAGGCUGUGCGUCUAACGGGCUUAACGUUGCUCGGGGCGAACACAUCCUGGAGAGGAGUCAAGCACAAACAAAUAGGGGAUUCGACCCCAGUCCAGAACAAACAAAGGAGCUCAAGCUGCCGCCGCCACCCGAAAGUCUCAAAAUGCCUUACGAUGAAGGGAAAGAAAAGGAGGAACGUGUGGAAGACGGUCAACCUCAACGUGCUAUGUGGGGGAAUCAAAUUGAGUUUCUUAUGUCGUGCAUUGCGACAUCGGUUGGUCUGGGAAACGUUUGGCGUUUUCCUUUUGUUGCCUAUCAAAAUGGCGGCGGAGCGUUCCUGAUACCUUACAUAAUUGUGCUGCUUCUGAUCGGAAAACCGAUGUACUACCUCGAAGGCGUGCUAGGGCAAUUCAGUUCGCGUAACUCCGUUAAAGUGUGGUCUCUAUCGCCAGCCAUGAAAGGGACCGGGUACGCUCAAGCUCUUGGCUGUGGAUACAUUCUUUCUUAUUACGUAUCUAUCAUAGCCUUGUGCUUGUACUACCUGUCAAUGAGCUUUCAGUCUACUCUACCCUGGGCUAUAUGCCAGCCAGAAUGGGAGAACUGCGUUCCGUCUGCACCGACCGAUAAUGUUGUCAUAACAGAAAACUCUACCAGUAGUGCCGAGUUAUAUUUUGUGAGAACAGUGCUCCAGCAAAGUGACGGCAUCGAAGGCGGACUUGGUGCUCCUAUAUGGUAUUUGACUUUGUGCCUGCUCGCGUCUUGGGUCGUUAUCUUUUUAAUAGUCGCUCAAGGAGUUAAGAGCUCUGGCAAGGCGGCCUAUUUCCUCGCACUGUUCCCUUAUGUUGUGAUGAUAAUUUUGCUCAUAAGUACCGCAAUUUUACCCGGAGCAGGCGACGGAAUAUUAUUCUUUAUUACGCCCCAAUGGGAAAAACUGAUCGAAUUGGAUGUAUGGUAUGCAGCGGUGACGCAAGUUUUCUUCUCGCUUUCCGUCUGCACCGGUGCGAUCAUUAUGUUCUCGUCAUACAAUGGAUUUAGGCAAAACGUGUACAGGGACGCCAUGAUUGUGACAACCCUGGACACUUUUACAAGUUUACUGUCCGGUAUAACAAUUUUCGGAAUCCUUGGUAAUCUGGCAUACGAGCUUAACCAAGAAGUUGGACAAGUGGUCGGCUCAGGUGGAACCGGCUUGGCGUUCAUCUCAUAUCCCGACGCCAUUGCCAAGACCUUCCAACCUCAACUGUUCUCAGUCCUGUUCUUCCUGAUGAUGUCGGUGCUGGGCGUCGGAUCAGCGGUCGCCUUGCUCUCUACCAUCAACACGGUGAUGCUCGACUCCUUCCCACGGAUUCCCACCAUCAUAAUGUCGGCUAUAUGCUGCUCCGGCGGCUUCCUCGUCGGUCUUGUCUACGUCACCCCGGGCGGUCAAUACAUAUUAGAAAUCGUUGAUUACUACGGCGGAACUUUCCUUGUGCUUUUCUGCGCCAUAGCUGAAAUCAUCGGCGUAUUUUGGAUUUACGGACUCGAAAACUUCUGCCUUGACAUCGAGUUCAUGUUGGGAAUAAAGACAUCGAUAUAUUGGAGGUUCUGUUGGGGUGUAAUAACACCUUCGAUGAUGAUUGUAGUGUUCAUCUAUGCCCUGGCGUCUUACGAGGCCCUGGUCUUCGGUGGUUACUAUUACUACCCUACCGCCGGUUAUGUUGCCGGUUACCUCAUACUAUUCGUUGGAAUUGCUUUCGUCCCUAUAGGCAUCAUAGCGACGAUGUAUAAAAACAAGACCGGAAUCUUCAUAGAAACACUAAAGCAGUCUUUCCGCGCGAAGGCGUCAUGGGGUCCACGUUCGAUGACGACCCGCAACGAAUGGAGGCUGUUCAAGCAAGACACACAAGCUGAGCGGGAAAAACUCAACGUUUCAUGGCUGAAACAUAUCUGGCUCAGCUUAUACAACGGCUAC